UUGUGGGGAGGAAAGUCGUUGCCAUUCGACCUCUGCGGGGCCUGCGCGGACGCAGCGAGAACCCUGAAAUUCAUUAUGCGUUUAAAACCUUUAUUUAUUUCCGCAUAACCUACAUACUCUCACCGGGAGGGCCAAAGCGGAGAAAAGAAACGACGACGGUCCAUCUCUUUCGGAAGAAUACAUCCUUUACCACACAUUAUUUUUGUCGGAGGGGGAUACUGUUGAGAAAGUGAAGAUUAUAAUAUAUAUUAAGAAAAAAUGUCCGGUGAGAGAAACCGCAGGUCGCUGGCUUUCCGAGGAGGUGGAUUAGCUGGGUUAACGGGUUCCAGCGGUAUCGGUGGGGGGAACUGUAACAGCUGGGAGGCCCCGGCCUGUCAAGACCGACAGUUUAACGGGAACAGGCCGGAUCAAGAAGAGGACAGGGAUCUGGGGGCGAAGGGAUCAUCGCAGAAGAGAGUGGAGGGCGCUGGAUCUGUCAGCGAUAGCACGGAACCCGAGGCGGAGGAAGAAGAGGACCCGGAAGGGGGCAGCUGGGCAGCCGUGGAGGGCGACGAUCGUGUCGGCUCGGUGGGAGACGAGGACGGGUCCAGGGAGGGGAGUAGCUUGACAGCAGGGAACGGUCCCAACAACGCCGACGGCCAAGAGUCGGGAAGCGGAGCGACGACUGGAGGCGAGACGGGAUCCAGGAAAUCUGGCGUAGAGAUGAGACCGCAGACGCUGCUUCAGAAACAUUCACUAUUCCACGCUUCGUGGUUGCAAGAAUUUCCAUGGCUAAAAUUUUGCCAGGAGACGGGAGUCAUGUCCUGUUCGUGGUGUCACAACAUUGCCACUAAAAACAGCGACGAGCUUGUCAAAGGCAGUCGCAACUACAAACGGGCCUUGCUGCUGAGACAUCACCUGUCUUCUGAGCACGGAAGAAAUGACCCCACCAAACAGGAGAUGGUGAGGCCCUCAGACAAUGCCAGCCCCUCCACUAACUCCUCAGAGGAAGACUACCGCAACAAGCCCAAUGAGAACUCCUACUGUUACCAGCUUCUCCAGGAGCUGGACAAGCAACGCAAAAGUGGCAUCCUCUGUGAUGUCAACAUAGUCGUCUCGGGCCAGGUGUUCCGUGCACACAAGAACAUCCUGGUAGCGGGCAGCCGCUAUUUCAAAACCCUCUACUGUCUGACCAAGAGCGAGGCCCAGGACCAAGCCACGGUCACGCACCUGGAUGUUGCGGCGGUGCAGGGCUUCUCAGUAAUCCUCGACUUUCUCUACUCCGGGAAUCUGCUGCUCACAAGCCAAAACGCCAUUGAGGUGAUGUCUGUUGCAAGUUACCUACAGAUGACAGAAGUUGUACAUUCGUGUAGGGCUUUUAUAAAGGAUGCCCUGAAUAUAAGCAUCAAGCAGGAGGCUCCUGAUUCAGUGGUGGUGGACUACAACAAGAGGCAGAUGGUGUCCAAAGAGGGACAGAGAGGGCUGGACCGGAAGCCGAGCAACUUCUGGGCCACAAGCAUCCUGUCAAAGCUGUCGAUCAAGGCCAGCAACAACCAAGGAAAGGAAGCAAUGGAAGAAGACGAAGGCGGCAGGGUGAAGGAGGAGACCAGCGAUAUAGAGGUGACAGUGGUUGGGGGUGAGGGCUGUGCCCUUGUGACCCCCGGAGCCUCUGGUAACUGGACCCACAACGACAACUCGUCUGAUUCAGCAGAGACCAAUGAAACACGGGCGGCAAGUGGCCAGGUGCAGGUAUUCGUCUGGAACGAGCCAGCCACGGGUGGAGCUGCAGCAGCACCCGCAGCUAUAAAGCGAGAAGCACCGGAUGCUGCAGCUGGUAGCGGACGGAGGAAAAAACAGACCACCACCCGGCGUUUUGUGUACAACUUUCCACCAGAGCCUGAAGAGGGAUUUGAUGAGGGGAUGUUCAUCCAGCCCUCGGCCUCUUACCCCAGAGAGGACUUCUCUUCCCUCUCCGAAAAUGCUGAGCUGGCCAAUCAGAUCCCGUAUAGCAUCAUGCAAGACUUACAGCAAGGGGAGUCCUGGGAGAAUGGCGAGUCUUCACACCUAGCCCUCAAUAAGCUGAAGUGCCCGCACUGUAACUACAUCGCCAAGCACCGGCGCACGCUUAAGAGGCACCUGAUCAUCCACUCGGGCGUACGCUCCUUCAGCUGCGACAUCUGUGGCAAGCUGUUCACACGGCGCGAGCACGUAAAGAGACAUUCCCUGGUGCACAAGAAGGACAAAAAGUACAAGUGCAUGGUGUGCAAGAAGAUCUUCAUGCUUGCAGCCAGUGUUGGCAUCCGUCACGGCUCUCGGCGCUACGGUGUGUGUGCAGACUGCGCCGACUCGCACCAGGCCACUCAGGAGGGCCUGGAGGCUAUGGAGGGCAUGGAGUUUCCUCGCGAUGAAGACUUCGAGGGUGAGGAAGGGGAGGACCUGGAGGGGGAAGAACCCACCGACAACGACCAAUCAAAUUGGGGUGAGGGCAACGGCAGUGCAGCCCCAGAAGAGGACUAAGAAUUUUUAACAAGCUUGAGAAACAAAAUUUAAAAAAGUUGAUGUUUAAUAUAUAUGUGUACAAAAACUAGCUGGUAAACAAUCAACUCCAAAGUGCUAUCAAACCUCGAGGUUACUUAAUUGUGCAAGUAUAUGACAAAGAGAUGGAUUAAAAAAAGCUUUGGUAGAGUGGAAACUCCAGAUGUACAGAUUUUAAUAUUAAAAUGUGUCCAACUCUGGGCCCAGUGCCCACAAGAGAAAGAUUCUAAUGACGAAUAAUAUGAUAAAUCAGGUUUUUGGUGAUGUAUUUUUAUUUCCUGUUUUUAGGGGGAGAGUUGAGCAGGGUGAUGAUGUAGUUUUGGAGUUGGAGGGUAGGCCAAUCAUCUAAAAAAAAUAAAUAAAUAAAAAAAGCAAAAUGUUAAUUAUUUAAUUUAUGAAGAGAGGUUAUUAUGGUCUUAUCAAAUGCUAUAGUUUUUAUUUCUGUUGUUUUGUCUGCAGGCAGAGGCACGGUAGUGGCUGUUGCUUUCUGCACAAUCUGAAAGUAUAUUGCUUGGUGCUUGUAGAAGUACAUGGAAGAAGAGCAUUAUUGUCCACAGGAAGAUUUUUAACUCGCUCUGUAGAUCCUUUUUAGAUGCGCUAAAUAUUAUUAUAUUCUUUUCAAAUUUUUUUUUUUUCUUUCCCUGCACAAAUCUUGGAACCAAAAAAUCUGUUUUGUGACUCUAAUGUAUCACAGCCAUAUUUAUGAUUAAUUUAAGAGGGCUGCGAUAUUGUGCCAAACAGACCGCACACCAAGAUUUAGCAGGAAACAAAAACUACUGAAUAUGCUUUAUUAAAAAAAAAGAAGAAAAAGACAUGAUGUUGUUUUUUAAGCAGGAAAAAAGAUGAAUUUAAAAAAAAAGUACAAGGGGAAAUGUUAUUGCUAGCUUUAUACAAAUCACGGCGUCACAGUAACACUUUAUUAUUAUUAUUAAACAAAAGCAUUUGACUUUCACUUAAAGCUUGAAUUUUGCCAAAUGAUGAAACGUUUGGUGCUGUAAUGCUUGUCGCAGAAUACUGGACCUACAGGCUAUAUAUGAUGUUUAUAAUCAUAAAGCUUAAACUGACUCAGUUAUAAAUAUGUAAUCAGCUCAAACUAUAGAACACUGUUGUGCUACGGCGACUAUCAGGUAUGCUUUGCCAUUGUUUUUAAGCUUUUAUUUUAUUUAAUGUGCGCGCACACACACACACACACAUACCAUUUUGUAGAACUACCGGCAGUACUUCUAAUUGACGUUUUGAGGACCUAAGUGGACAUCAAUACCUGUAUACGUUUGUUUAUAUUUGGUACUGAGUUAUAUAGUAAAUACAGUAUAUAUAUUUUGAAUCACUUGAACAUUGGUUGUUAGCGGGAAGAAGUGUGCAGAAAAUCAUGAUGUGUGACGUUUUAAGUCUGAAAGAACUCCAUUUUUCACGUGUAAAAGAUAUACAACGCAUCAUCUGUUUAAUUUGAUGUAAGUUUGUUUUUACUUUAUUUUUUCAGUCUGCCAGGUAGAAAAACACUUUGUUCCACAAAAAGUGAAGCUCUAUGGCGCCUCAUAGGCAUGCACUUACGUUUGUGUUCAUGAAAAUAAUUUUCUUUUAUGUUUCUUUGCUUCCCCAAAAGCGGGUCUGAAUGGAACUAUAUAAAAACUGUUGUCUUUCUUCCAAUGAGCAACUUUUUUAUUAGACAUUUUUGUUUUUUGUUAUUUAAUAUUAUAUAUUGACUCCAAAAUGCAAUCAAGACUGUUAAUUUCUAUUUGUCCAACCAAAAUUCUUGUUUUUAAUUGUUAUAAUGUAUGAGAAAAGCCAGGUGAAAACUUGCUUAGUGUAGAAAAUCCUUGCUCGUGUCUGUAAUUGUUGAGAUUUUUAAAUGUUUUUAUGCUACAGAAUCAUUCACUUUACCUUUAGAUACAUACUUUGUUUAAUUUUGUCUUUUCCACAGAUAUUUCCUUUCUCCUUUUUGUUAUUUCAGUAAGCACAUAUUUUCUAAAGAAACACGGAUUGUUUGCGGGUUGAAACCUUGGAACAGCAGUAUCUGUUCAUAUGCAGUGGAAUACACAGUAUGUACUGAAGUGCUAAUGAUACAGAAGAUGUGUAACUAUUUUAAAUCAUAGAGAUAUUCAGCCUCUUCGUGUCACUUUUACCUUCACAUCACUGUGGGAGGGGUUAUAUUAAGGAUAUAUAUAUAUAUAAUAUAUAUAUAUAUAAUGUUGAGAAUAUAUUAUUUAACUAGUGGAUUUAAGUGGUGGAACACCUUGACAGUCAGCUACAGACCUCCUGGCGUGGUGGUUUAUCUCCGUGAACUUUAACCUUCCGCUUUCUCUCUCUGUUCACGCUGUGUGCUUGUUCAUCACACCAUUCUGUUGUCUUGUUUGUUCUUUUUGAUACUAUUUACCAUCCUACUGAUUUUACUGUAAUGAAUGAAAAUCAAAAACUAUGAUGUAUCAUUUUAGAUUUUAUGCUGUAUUUGUUAUAUGGACAAAAAAAAAAACACGAAAAACGAAGCAAAAACACUACAGAUGUAAAGCAGAGGUUCUUUUUCCCCAGCUGUAUUUUUUUACGCUGUUGCAAAAGGUUGUAUUUUUCAAUUUCUCUCGAACUUUAACAGUGAUGCAAAACUUGGGCCGCGCCUCAGUGCCCUCCGAACACAAAGCAAAUUCAGGUUACUCUUUUUACGUUUUUAUCAAAGGUUUUCAAAGAUGGAACUACAUUCUCCUUUUUUCUGUCUGAAAUGUACUACUGUUCCUCUCUAUACUACAUUUUAAGAAUAAAACUUUGAUAUUG